ACUUGCAUACAAAUUGUAUUGCUAUUAAAACAGUAUUACACACGUGGCUGAAUUCGUUAAUUCUCCUGCAUGUCUGCGAUUUGUUAUAUUACCCACAAAGCGAUUACAGGAUAAUUCAAUCAGAAGAGGGGUAUUUAUGCACGAUUAUCCCGUUGGCUUGGCCGUGCUGUCUGAGUCGGAUGGAAUAAAUAGCAUAAUCAUAAUUACGCGCGCUGCCCAUUGGACGAGUGCGCAGCGCCUCGCGACAUAAAAGUGGUGUGCAGCAGAGACCACGGCGCACAGAGGAGAGGGCGCAGCACGCGCGCACACAUGUCCCACAAGUUGAAGGGAACACGGAUGUGUCUUUGCGCACGGAGAUGCGCGAUAAACCGCAGCUUGAUUGGAAGGAAAUGAGUUUUUAAGUGAGCAUUCCUUACGUGUCACGUGCUUUCCCCUAAACUUGGGUCACUUUGCAAUUACCGCCGUAGUUGCCUUGUUGUGAGGUUUGUCCCCGGUUGUUCGGUAAAGCGACUUUCGGGAUUCAACAGGGAAAUGGAUCCUUUAUUCAAUUCCACCGAUGCGCCAAUUUGGACCACUGACUCCAACGACACCAGCAACGGGACCGCGCACUGGAACCAGUUUGUUCAGCCCGCCUGGAAGAUCGUGCUCUGGGCCAUCGCGUACGGCUGCAUAGUGCUGGUGUCCGUGGUGGGCAAUCUCACGGUGAUCUGGAUUAUCAUGGCGCACAAACGCAUGAGGACCGUCACCAAUUAUUUCCUUCUGAACCUGGCGUUCGCCGAAGCCUCCAUGUCCGCCUUCAACACCGUGAUCAACUUCACGUACGCGGUGCACAACGACUGGUACUUCGGACUCGACUACUGCCGCUUUCACAACUUCUUUCCGAUCGCAGCAGUCUUCGCCAGCAUCUACUCAAUGACCGCAAUCGCUCUGGACAGGUACAUGGCCAUCAUCCACCCUCUGCAGCAGCGCAUGUCCUCCACCGAGACCAAGGUGGUGGUCGUGGUGAUCUGGGCGCUGGCUCUGCUCCUGGCGUUCCCUCAGUACUACUACUCCGACAUUGACAGGCAGCCCAGCCGGGUGGUGUGCUUCAUCGACUGGCCCACGUACACCGUGUGCGACUUCAAAAUAAUGUACUACGUGUGCGUGACCAUCCUGAUCUAUUUCCUUCCUCUGCUGGUGAUGGGAUGUGCUUAUCUGGUGGUGGGACUCACCCUCUGGGCCAGCGAAAUCCCCGGAGACUCUUCUGACCGCUACAAGGAGCAGCUCACGGCCAAACGCAAGGUGGUGAAGAUGAUGAUCGUGGUGGUGUGCACGUUUGCCGUCUGCUGGCUGCCCUACCACAUCUUCUUCCUGCUGCAUCAGGCCUUCCCCGCCCUGUUUGAAGAAAGGUUCAUCCAGCAGGUCUACCUGGCCAUCAUGUGGCUGGCCAUGAGCUCCACCAUGUACAACCCCAUCAUCUACUGCUGCCUCAACGACAGGUUCCGGGCCGGCUUCAAACAGGCCUUCAGCUUCUGCCCGUGCGUCCCGCGAGGCUCGUACGAAGGCCUGGAGCUCAAGUCCACCCGCUACCUUCACACCCAGACCAGCGUGUACAAGACCAGCCGCAUGGAGACCACCGUCUCCACCGUCCUCCCGGUGGGCGGCGACCAGGAGCCGCCCAGGGCCAGGGCGCUGCCGGCGGCGGCCCCGCAGCCCGCCGGGCCCGCGCUCGCCGCCGGGGCGCACAGCUCCUCCGCGGACCUCACCUCCAACGAGUCGUCGUCGCGCAGCGUCUCCAAAACCGUAUCCGAGACGUCCAGUUUCUACUCGAGCAACAACGUGCACGAAUAGACCCCCCC